AUGGCGGCGCGCCCGGCCGGGGAGUACAGCGGCGGCAGCCGGCGAAAGCUCGCGCUCGGCAUCGCACUCGUUGGCGGCGUCGACGCCGUUCUCCUGGACGAGCCCUCGUCUGGCAUGGACCCCGGCGCGCGGAGGGCGAUGUGGAGCUUCAUCAUAGAGGCCACUGGUAAACGCGAUGGCGCAUUCGUCGGCGGUGCCAAGUCAGACGGCUUGGCUGUGGUGCUGACCACUCACAGCAUGGAGGAGUGCGAGGCCCUCUGCACCCGCGUCGGCAUCAUGCACCAGGGGCGGCUGCGGUGCCUGGGCUCAAGCUCGCACCUGAAGCUGCGCUUCGGCGGCGGCUAUCUACUGGAGGUGCACGCUGCGGAUGAUGACGCGGCGCAGGCUCGGCUGGCCGCCUACGUGGCGCGCGAGCUCGGCGGCGAGGAGACCGAGGACCGCCACUUCGGCCGCGCCAAGUUCCGGCUGCCCGCGUGCGGCCAGUCGAUGGCGCGGGUGUUUCGGGCGAUGGAGGCUGCAAAGGCAGAUCUUGGAGUGCAGGCGUACGGCCUGUCCAUGCCCACGCUAGAACAGGUGUUCCUGUCAGUGGUGGGCGAAAUCCUGCAGGGCUGA